AUGGCUAGUCCGCAUCGAGAGUAUCUAGGAUUCUCUCAAUUUUUUGCCGUCACCUUUCUAAUAUGGUUUAUAGUUAUAUGGUCAAUAUUACCAGAUCUAAGUUUAUAUAAAAAUGAUCAACCUUGUUUGAGAAACGAUGUAAUUGCGUUCUUACAAGAGUUGGUGGAGCUCUUACCGCAACGAUAUUGGAUAGCAGUAAUAGAAUGCUCUGUUUUGAUGGGUAUGCUUUUCGGUUAUUUGGGUUUACUGACUUAUAAUGAAGACGUGCUGACAGUUCCGUUAAAUGAUAUAAGAACCAUAACAGACUCUCGCGCUAAUGUUGCAGAUCCCCCCACAUAUCAAAAGUUUUUACAGGAUUACGCUUAUACAGAGACGAGUGCAGUUUUGGAUCUUCCUAUAAGUGACGUUUGUAAACUACUUUACGAAUCACAAUGA